AUCUCGUAGCCGGGUGCAGCCGCGUGUCGGUUAAAUUUAUUAUUCCACGGCUUUGCCUGCCCGAGGCCCAGCUCCCUCCUCCCCUCUCACCAGUCUGUCUUCGAUUCUCCAUGUCGAGGUAUUUUUCUUCUUCGCCUCUGAGGUUUCCUCUCGGUCGAUCUCUUCUCCUUCCCCUCUGGAUCUCGAAACCGCUGCAGUCGAAACAAAAAUUCCUAGUUCCUUUUCACUCCGAGACGCCGAGCCAGAUCUAGGGUUUCUCGUUUCUUGAAAUCGCGAUUAGCAUCGUUUCGAGGCGUGAUUGGCAUCAGAUCUGUCGAUUUGGGGGGCGAUGAUAACGAUUUGGAAGAAAUUAUGCGGAAAAGAUUGACGCUGGAACCCUAGUUCAAGUGAUCUGCGGUGUUUCUUGACCGAAUCUGCUAUCGUUGUUGUUGGAUUUUGGAGACCUUGUGGGGAUGCAUUCAAGAUCAGGACAGUCGUCUUAUCGGGAUCGGACGCAGGAGUUUCUUACCGUCGUUGAAAGAUUAAAGAAGUCUUUCUCGUCCGCGCCCAAUGGGCCAAGUAGUAGCGCUGGAUCGAGAUCGGAGGGGCAGAAAACGGCGGCCUCGAUUCAGUCGGAAUUCAACAGGAGGGCUUCAAAAAUUGGGCUUGGGAUCCAUCAGGCAUCACAAAAGCUUGCGAAACUCGCAAAGCUGGCAAAGAGAACAUCAGUUUUUGACGACCCCACUGUGGAGAUACAUGAACUGACAGCACUUAUCAAGCAGGAUAUCAAUGCUUUAAAUUCUGCGGUCAUAGACCUGCAACUCAUCUGCAAUUCACAGAAUGAAAGUGGGAAUAUUUCCAGUGACACUACCAAUCAUUCAACCACAGUGGUUGAUAAUUUGAAGAACCGCUUGAUGAGUACAACAAAGGAGUUCAAAGAAGUGCUGACCAUGCGAACAGAGAACUUGAAGGUCCAUGAGAAUAGAAGGCAGUUGUUUUCUUCAUCAGCUUCAAAGGAUUCAACCAAUCCGUUCAUCCGACAACGCCCACUAGUUUCCAAGGCAGCCUCCGAUUCAUCUGCACCACCAGCACCAUGGGCAGAUAGCUCAUCAUCUUCUCCUCAGCUGUUUCCCAGAAAGAAGAUGAAUGGGGACCCAUCCUCAUCAACUCAGCCAUUGGUGCAGCAGCAGCAAAUGGUUCCAGUACAGGAUAAUUACAUGCAGAGCAGAGCAGAGGCUCUUCAUAAUGUUGAAUCAACAAUUCAUGAGCUGAGCAACAUAUUUACACAACUAGCUACAAUGGUGUCACAGCAGGGAGAGCUUGCCAUCAGGAUUGACGAGAACAUGGAUGACACUUUGGCUAAUGUAGAGGGAGCGCAAGGGGCACUGCUGAAGUACCUUAACAGCGUAUCAUCCAAUAGGUGGCUGAUGAUCAAGAUAUUCUUUGUGCUGAUGGUUUUCCUUAUGAUUUUCCUAUUUUUUGUUGCAUAAUUCUUAACAAAACAUUAACAGUGCCGUCUUUUUGUCCAAGGAUCGGCUAUGCAUAGAAUACUUUUUCUGCUCACAAUUUAUUGUCGCACCUUUUCCGCUGAGUGAUCAGCAGCUUUGCAAUAUUUACCAUGGCUUUGUUUGA